AUGAAUAACUUUGUAACAGCUUUUCACUUAACUUCUAUAGAGGAUUUUAGUCCUAUACAACGAGCUUACUUUCAAAACAAUGGCGACCCGCAGCAACAUCCACCUAAUACACCUGACAAUUCAACUACCACCUCUCACACCCCAAUAUCUGUACUCUCCUCAAUUCCCUUCUAUUCUUCGAAGGCCAUUUCCAAGAAUAAUAGUGUUGCUCCUCUUCAUGUAUCAAAUUAUAGACCAACCACACCAAAGAUUAGAAAACAAACUUCUCUAAGCUUUAUAAGAAGUUCCAAGACCUUUGAUGUUUCACAUUUACAGCGAGUAAGAAUCUCAACCAGCUCAUCAACGAGUCCUCUCAUUGAGGAACAUGUAGAAAAACCGAAAAUCACAACAUCACUACAAAAGUCUAUUGCAGCAUCUUCGACUGUUCCCUAUGCUGUGGUUACAUCAUGUGAUACGAAGAGGAUUAAUCUUUCAAAAUUAGUGGCAAUGAUUCCACUGCGAAUCAAAUUGUUCUUUAUUGUCAUUGUAUCGAUAGUUUCACUAGUGGCAUUUGGUGCUAUUCUUAUUAAUGAUGCAGCAAAGGUAUGUUUUUAAAUGGCACAAAUGAUUCAUGAAUUACAAAAGGAGAGGGGUGCAUCCUCUCUCUAUCUAGGAGCUAGAGGGACUAAAUUUGGUUUAGAGCUUGGAAAACAAAGAAAUGUAACAAACUCAGCUAUUGAAAAUUGGCCAUCAACAAAAAAGUCUAUCGAUGAGUUUUUCAAUUUACUGACAGAUAAGGAUGAUGUAGCUAGAAAUCAAACUUAUUCCAUGGUGUCAAAAAUUGAUGAAUAUCUGGGUCAGCUGCCAAAUCAGAGAGAAAUGAUUCAAAAUUUACAAUACAACUCAUCCAAGCCAGUUAUUGAUUACUUUUCAGAUUGUAUUAGGGAUAUGAUUGAUGUAGUUUCAGUGGCUGCAUCUUUGGCAGACGAUAGAAAAUUCCUAGUCAUAUCAAAUAUUUACACACUAGUCAUGGCUUUAAAAGAAACAUUGGGACAAAGAAGGGCCAUUGGAAGUAAUGCUAUGGCCGCAAGCGCUUUCUCUAAUGAUUUUUUCUUUUCAUUUCUUGAUCUCAAAUCUAAAUAUGUGGCCCUCUAUCAGGUUAUAGACACCAAGUCAAGAAAUAAGGAUUGUAUUGAAUUAUUUACCGAUUUGGCAAAUUAUGUACAAAAUUCAUCAUUGAUAGAUAUGAUGGAAAGAAACAUGUUAUCCUCCCCUUUUAAUUUAUCACAGGCUGAACAAUCAUUUUCUGCUGAAAUGUGGUUUUGGACCAUUACUGAGAAAAUUAACCAACUCAAAAUGGUCGAGGACAAGAUUAGAGAUUCAAUAUUUUCAAAUGGUGAGGACAUGAAAAAAAGUUCCAUGGAUGCUUUGAUUGGAUAUAGUGUUGGAGGUUUUUGUGUGGUUCUUUCCUCCAUUAUUUUAGCUUUAAUCUUUUCAAGAACGAUUCAAGACCUGAUGAAUCUGUACGAUGAGACAGUUCACAAAUUCGUUCCAAAGGAAUUCAUGUCGAUUGUACAUAAGGAUAAUGUUGUAGAUUUAAAGCACGGAGAUUACUUUGAAAUGGAAUUGGAUGUCAUGUUUGCUGAUAUUCGUGGUUAUACAAGUAUUUGUGAAAAUAUGACACCAGAUGAGACGUUUGAGUUUUUGAAUAAUUAUCUGUCAUUGGUUGGACCAGUUGUGAGAGAACAUGGUGGAUAUAUUGACAAGUAUUUGGGUGAUGGUAUUUUGGCAUUAUUUUUAACACCAGGUCAAUCUGUUUUAGCUGCAAUGGAAUUACAAAGAAGGUUAAUUUCUCUGAACCAAUCUAAGAGGUAUCCAACAGUAAAAGUUGGUAUCGGUAUUGCAAGAGGUAAAUGUGCAGUUGGAUUGAUUGGAGAAUCUCAGAGAGUUGAUCCAACCAUUAUUGGAGAUACUGUCAAUUUGGCAUCACGUCUUGAAUCCCUUACAAAAUAUUACCAGGUGGAUAUUGUGGUAACAAGGGAAGUUAUUGAAGCAUCUCCACUGUUGGAUCCAUCAAGAUUUAGAAAUAUUGGAAAAGUUGCAGUUGUUGGAAGACAACAGGCAUGUUCAAUUUAUGAAAUUAUUACUCAAUCUCCAAACAAUGAUAAGGAAUUGAAGAAGGCUGUCACAAAAGAAAAGUUUGAGGCAGCUAUUGAAAUGAUGUAUGAUAGGGAUAAUUUUUAUCCAGAUGAAGCUCUUGAAUAUCUCAAACAAGUUGUUGAAGAGGAUGAAAAUGACUAUGUAGCUCAAUUGAGAAUGUACAAGCUGGAAGAAAUUCUAAGUUCAGAAUGCACUUGGCAGUAUGAAGAUCGAUUAGAUUUUAAAUAA